AUGGGGCUUGUGCAUUUCCUGCUGGGGCUUUGUCCGGACAAAGAGACAGAGCUCAGUCGGAACAAUCAACUGGGAGAGCGGAGCAGAGUCAGAGGUGCCUCCUCCACUCUCUUGCUAGCCAUUCUGGAGAAUCCAGUCCACGCCAUCGCCAACCAGACAGCCAUCCUGCCCGUCUCCCUGCAAUUCUCCACCCCGCUGGGGGAAUUCUUCCACCUCAAAUGGGAUUUCCUCUCGGGCCACCGCCCCGUCUUAGCCUACGUGCUGACCAAGUGCAGCGGCAGCGCCCCCGAGUGGGGGCGGCGCUCCUGCCAGCGCAGCGUGAAGGUGGCGGAGGAAUAUCAGCAGCAGGCAAACGUCUCUCUGCAGAGCGGCUCCCUGGUGAUCCAGCGUGUGCAGCCCGCGGACGCCGGGACGUACCAGAUAACAGUGCGAGGCCUGGAUGUGUUUGUCAUGGCAGAGGUGAACCUGACAGUGACUGGAGCAGCUGCACCAGCAAACACGGGAAGAGUGAACAGAGCCAGAUUCAGCUGUGUGCCCAACACCAUCCGCCUUGGCUUAGCCAUCCUGGUUCUCUGUGUAUUGGGGCUGAUUGUGGGAGAGGCAGUUUACAAGCCAGCCGGCUGCUCCCUGCACCACCUGGAGGAAAGCCAAGAGAGGAGCUGGAAACUCUGGACUGAGCCUCCACAUGCCUGGAUCUGCAGCACUGAAAAUCCCCCAGCGGUCUAG